AUGACGACUCUGCAACCCCGAAAGCCAUAUACAGACGAGGAGCUCCGGCAGCUUUACCCGGCCGGCCUUGAGCUGCAGCUGGUACAGAUUCUGCUGCGACACGGAGAGCGUACACCCGUGUCGGCUCGUUUCCAGAAUGCUGGCCUGCAUGCGUUCUGGCCGUACUGCUCUGCCGUCCGGCAGCUCAAGUCAGCUGUGCUGGAGCGCGAACAUGGGGCUCACCACACACCCUUCAGCACCCUCGAGUGGAAGCGUCGCCUUGAGGCUUUUGGGCCGGACGACGCUCCCAUAGUGGCUACCGGACCUGACGGCGAGCUGGACGCCGUGUGCGACAUGGGCAUGCUCACCGAUACCGGACGCAUCACCACCUUCCAGCUCGGUACGCGGUUGCGAAACCUCUACGUCGACCGGCUAAAGUUCAUCCCGAGCACUAUCAAAUCCACGGACUUCAUGUACCUGCGCGCUACGCCUAUUCCCCGAGCUCUGGAUUCCCUUCAGCAGACACUCGCCGGCCUGUACCCGGCACAGACACGGGUGGGCAGUGAGAAUGGCACCUUCCCGGCGCCGACUAUUCUCGCCCGGGCGCCGCAAGAUGAGACCCUGUUUCCCAACGACCAGCAUUGCCGUCGUUUUGCGGAGCUGUCUCGGGCAUUCGCGCAGCGGACGGCCGACCGGUGGAAUACCACUGACGACAUGGAGUACCUGAAUAAGAUCUACGGAAAGUGGAUGUCUCCCGAGAAUCCCCGCGUCGCGGUUGACGGACGGCCCCGACUGUCCGGUAUCAUGGACACUAUCAACUCGACUGCGGCUCAUGGGCCCGAGACCAAACUUCCUAAGCAGUUCUACGAUGAGAAAGCGCACCGUAUCAUGGAAAAGAUUGGCGUCGAGGAGUGGUACAGUGGCUACAAGGAAUCUCGAGAGUACCGUAUGCUGGGUAUUGGUGGCUUGAUGGGAGAUAUUGUUGCGCGUAUGGUUGGGAGUGUUGAGCAAAGCACCGCAGCUGGGGAGUACGAACUCAUGAGGAAAUCGGCAGAGAGGUACACGCCGAUCAAGUUUGGCCUGAGCGGCUGCCACGAUACUACCCUUGCGGGUGUGCUCUCCAGCCUUGGAGCGUUCGAGACCGAGAAGUGGCCUCCGUUCACAAGCCAUAUCGCGAUCGAGCUUUUCCGACGUUCGAACAGCCCCGCUACCGUUGAGCAAUCCGCAGACCCGGUUGUCCAGAGCGCCGUUGCCUCGGACAAGUCGAGCUGGUUCGGCUCAUGGUUCUCGUCUCGCUCAGCCGCUGGCAAGCCACCCCCUGGUAUAGGUCGCACACCGAGUGACAAGCUGUCCCCUGCGGACAAGAAGAAGCUGGAUGGGUACUACGUUCGGAUACGCUACAAUGACGAGCCGGUGACUAUUCCGGGCUGCAAAGCUGCUGGCAAGCACCUCGAGGGUGAUGAGUCGUUUUGCACAUUGGAGGAGUUCAAGGCGAUCGUGGACAAGUAUACGCCACAGGACUGGAAGCAGCAGUGCCGGAUGAACAUCAAGUCGGCAGCCUUCCCGGAGAAGCCAGAACCGGCAGGUUACUAA